AUGGAGAAAAUUAUCUACGACUUCUACUCUGAUCUCUUCGACAGCCAUGUCCACUUGCCUCCUCACCAUCUGAGGGAAGACGGACAUGUCAUUGCAGAGGUUCUCCCGUCCGAAACACGACAUACUAUCAUGUCGGUAAGAAAUCGUACAGCACCCGGUCCCAACAGAAUUAGACCAGAACACCUAAAGAACAUUCCGCCAGUACUUAUCAACACCCCGGCGAGGCUCUUUAUACGUUAUCUGUCAGAAUGCAAGGUUCCUAAACAGUGGAAGACCAGCAAGACCGUGUUGUUGUAUAAAAAGGGAGAUCCACAUGACAACGGCAACUAUCGCUAA